CAAAUUUGCAAAUUUUAUUAAUUAAUAGUGGAAACAAAGCAUUAAUUAAAAAAUAUCAGCACCUAAUAUAAUAUACAAACAAUAACAACUUAAACAUAAAAGAUACAAAAAUUUUAAAAUUAAUUUACAGAAAUGGCUAACUCUUAAGAUUAAUCUGUUUAGCACAAGGAAAUAGAAGUAUAGACAACACCUAGAAAUAAUUCCCUUUAAUAAAAUUAGCAUUUGCUUGAUUAAAAUGACAUGGUAAUACAGGAUUAGAAUAAUCACCACUAAUAUUAAGAGAAUCAUAAUGAGCAAUAAGAUUUUCAGCACUAAGAUAAUUCAUUAGAAAUGAAUAACUUCGAAUAUAAAUCAUAUUUGAAUCCUGAUUAAGCAAAAUCUCCUAGCCAAUAAUAGUAGGCAUCUGCAGCAGCACCAUAAGUUAUAAAAAAGAAAUGUGAAAAUUGCACAAGUGGUUAAGUAGCUUAAAGGCUAAAGCAACAAUAGUAAGAAGUGCACAAACUAAAGAUAUAAAACGAUAAGUUAUUAGCUUAACUUAGGCAAAUGAGUAUUCAAUUAGAUGAAACUUUAGAGAAGUUUAAAGUAAAAAAGAAUGAAAAGCCAGCAUUAAAUUAAGAAUAAACAAGAAGGGACGUCAAUGAAAGUGAGUUAGAAAAUGCUAAAUAAUAAUUAGAGUUUUAUACGAAAUAAAUAGCAAUGUAUGCAAAUUAGGAUUAAGAAUUUAGUUCCAACAGAGUUAAUUAAUGGUAGUAAUCGCUGAAAGAAAUAGAUUAUUAAUUAAAUGAGGCUAAGGUGUUCAAUAAAAAUUUGCUUUAUAUAAAGAGAGAAUAAGAAAGGACUAUGCAAUCAAAUAAAGAGAGCACCAAAAUUAAAAUGCUUAGAGAUGAAACUAUGCAUUUAAAGAGUCUUAUCAGAGAAGCUAGAAGGGUUUUAAAAGAUAAUGAAAAAGGUUUUAAAAAAACAUAAGAACACACUGAAAAACUUAAAUUAAGACAUGAAGAAGUGUGUAAAUAAUUUGGUGUUCCUUUUGCUCCCUUUGAAAGUUUGGCAAAAGAUGAAAGAAUAGAAAUUAAAAUAGAAGAUGAAAAAGACAAAGGCAAAUUUCACGUGCUAAAAAUCAAUGAAGAGAAUAUUUUUAAAUUGUAGAAUCACUUAAAAAUCGUAGAUGAUAGCAUAAAUGCAUCAAAAAAACAAUUUAAAGUUGAUAUUAAAUAGUAAUAAAAAAUAUUAGAUCAUGUAUCUAAAGAAAAAUAAGAUAUAUAGGUUUAGCUAGAUAGAAGAGAAAAAGAAUUGCAAGAAGCUUAUGACAGCUUAAAUAACUUUAAAGCUAUUGCAUCUAAUAGUACUUCAAAUUUAAACGGCUUAAAGGUAAUAGAAGCAUCUAAACCUACUAAAUCGGGUUCAUUACAAGUUAUAGCUCCUUAUGUCAAGAAAUAUAAAGUUCAAAAAAACGAUUUAAAAGGAUUACCUCUUAAUGACAAAAAUUAAUUAGCAUCAAGAUGA